CUCUGCCUCCUGAGUAGUUGGGAUUACAGGCUUGCACCACUGAUGUCCGGCGGAAACAAUACAUUUCAAUUCCAGCACAGAUCAGCUGAGCAUUCUUAUUACCAGAGUUCCAAAGGUACUGACAGAAUCAAAGGUGGACACAAAGCGCACUCACACAUAGGCAAGUUGCAACAGUUACGGAAAACUCCUCAAAUUCAGACAAUCCAUAUUUCUAAAUCAACGAUGGAUGCAUCCUUUCUAAAGCAUUCAGAUCUCACCACAGGCCAGAAGCGUUAUCUGUGCAGCAUUGCUAAGAUCUAUAACUCAAACUAUCUGAGGAUGUUAAUGAAGAAGCAGUACAUGCACGUGAUUCAACGCAGCUCACAAAAGCCAGGUACCCUCAGUCAUCACAGGAGCCGCCUCAGCUCUCGCUCCUCACAGAAACAUUCACCCUGUACUACAUGGCGACACCAGGUGGAGAGAGAGGACUCUUCUAGCAUUGAGGCCAUAUCUACAUCUGAAAUGAUCAUACAGCAUUCUCUUUGGCGACCAGUGAGAAACAAAGAAGGGUUAAAAACUGGAUAUGUGUCUAAAACAAGAUGUAAAUCACUAAAGAUCUUUAGAAGACCAAGCAGACUGUUCAUGCAACCAGGUAAAUGUGGAAUUUAA